AUGAGAGUAAAGAUAUUAUUCAGCCAUGAAUUAAAUGUAAAAGGAGGUGAUAUACAUCAUAGGCUAUUACAACUGUUUCAGUCUAUACAAAAAUUACGUCUAUUAUAAUUUUAAUUGUGGAACUUAAGUCGAAAUGAUAUGAUGUUACACACAAAUAACACAAUUUAAACGGAAAAAUAUUUUCGAGGGUACGGUGUAAAUUUUUUAAAAAAUAAGUAUUAAAAAAGCCAUUAACUAUUGUGGUUGUAACUAUUUUAUUGGAUAAAAUUUAAAAAAUGUCAUUGGUAUUGAUUCCGAAUUGAAACCCACAAUUAAAAAUAUAAUUUUUAAAUCACGUAAUUUCACUAUGUUAUCCAGCUUUUAGUUAGACUGAGACAAUAAAUGUAUUACUUCCUCUUCAGAUAAUUUAAACUGAGAUUAAUUAUAUAAUAACCAACAUGAUUAUACCGUUGAAGACAACAAAAGAGGUUGGUAUGAUCUUUACAAUAUUAAAUUGAUAAACGGAGGUAUAAGACUUUUACAAAAUCGUAUCAGAACUGCAAAUACUUGGAAAAUUGAUGCAGGCAAUUAUAAAGAAAGUCGAAAGGAAAUUAGUAAAAUGAACACCAUAACUGCUUGGAUGUACAGACGGAUACCCGUUAUAAAAUAUUUCGGCCUCUGUAAGUAUUGCACGUGCAUUAUUAUUUAUAAAUGUUACUUAGGUAAAAUAAACAUUGUUGGUACUGAAUUUCAAUAAAAUUAUUUUAAUUUUGUAGGGUUUCCCGAAACACACAACUCAGGAUUUAUGUUAGAUCUAACAAGAAAACUAACAGAGUAUAAAACAAAAUUGAACACUCAUCUAGAAAAUGAAUAG